AUGAACCCCAAAGUUCAUUUCGAGAGUUUAUAAAGCAGUAGCAGCAGCAGCCGGCAAAUACGACGCACGCCACUUAUUGAAUCACCGCCGUUAUUUAUUUUCGGGUACCCCUGUAUACCAUAUAUAUUCUUGGUAUAUAGAGAACACAAUUUUUGCACAGGCACUGCCAUAACACAUGUGCCCUCUAUGCAUCUGAUACAGUAAAAAUAUAGUUUUUGGUAGCUGUCAUAAUAAUGUCUACAAUCAAGAUGAUGAGCAAAUCACGAGUUUCAAAAGACUUUUUCAGCCGGAUAAGGUCUGGUGGUACUUUUUCCAGAUCAUUUUCUACAUCACAACAAUGGCCGCAUGUUCUGCCUAGCCAAACACGUGCAUUUAAUAUGAAUCACUUACAAUCUACUCUUUUUGGGAAUCGGAAUCGAAAUGGAAGUCGACUCUUCGCGUCCAUGUCCAACUCCUAUGGUGCCAAUGACAGAAUCGUUCGUGAACUUCUAGCUGAAGUUGAGAGGGAAAAACAGAGGGAGAGAGAUCAGAGAAAAAGAGCUGGUUUGGGUACAGCAGAUAUUGAUGCCGAGGAUGAUGAAGAUUACAUGGGCGUGGGCCCACUCAUUGAGAAACUGGAGAAGGAGAGUGCUAAAAAUGUUGACCCUCGUAUCCUUAAUAUGAGGGAGGAGCCCACUGAUUCUGAAAGUGAAGAAGACGAUCAUAGAUUCACUUAUGAAGCCAUUCAAAAUCGACAAGACGUGAUGCAGAAGAAACUCAAACGUCAUGAAGAGCUUCUCCAGGGUUUCACUAAAUCAGAAAAUCUUGACGAUGCAUUCAAGUGGAUGCAUAGAAUUGACAAAUUCGAGGAAAAGCAUUUACGCCUGUUGCCUGAAUACCGUGUCAUUGGUGAUCUAGUGAACCGGCUGAAAGAAGCCACUGGCAAGGACAAAUUUCUUCUCCAGCAUAAGCUGAAUAGGGCUAUUAGAUUAGUUAAGUGGAAGGAAGCUUAUGAUCCUAAUAACCCUGCCAACUAUGGAGUUAUUCAAAAUAUGCAGUCACAGCAUGAUCCUGCUCAGGAUGAUGAAAAGGAAAAGCACUUUGUUAAAGGUGCAUCAGAUGAUGAGGAAGAAUUUGAUGAUAUGAAAGAGGCUGAUAAUAUAUUGUUAGAGAAGAUAAAUGUCAUUGACCGGAAGCUUGAAGAGAAAUUAGCACAGUUGGAUCACACUUUUGGAAGAAAAGGUAAGGUACUGGAGGAGGAGAUAAGGGAUCUUGCUGAAGAGAGAAACUCUCUGACUGAGAAGAAGAGAAUACCCCUUUUCAGAAAAGGUUUUGAUGUGAAACUCAUUAAUGUUAACCGGACAUGUAAAGUUACGAAGGGAGGCCAGUUGAUCAAAUAUACGGUAAUGCUUGUUUGUGGGAAUUAUCAUGGUGUCAUAGGUUUUGCUAAGGCAAAAGGUCCAGCAAUUCCCAGUGCGUGUCAGAAGGCUCACGAGAAAUGCUUUGAAAAUCUCCAUUAUGUGGAACGACAUGAAGACCAUACAAUUGCCCAUGCCAUUCAGACUUCUUAUAAGAAAACAAAGGUGUAUCUAUGGCCUGGCCCAACUCAAGGUGGCAUGAAGGCAGGCAGAACUGUCCAAACUAUCUUAGAUCUGGCUGGUUUGAAAAAUGUGAAGUCUAAGGUUGUUGGGUCGAGAAAUCCACAUAACACAGUGAAAGCUCUUUUCAAGGGUUUGAAUGCAAUAGAAACUCCCAAAGACGUGCAAGAGAAGUUUGGGCGGGUUGUUGCUGAGUCAUAUUUGCUAUGAUGAGGUAAUUGAGAUUUGAGAAGGUUAUUUAGUGUGUUAGACGUGGAUUAUAUGGACCGAGAGGUGUUUGACCCUCGACCGUGAAAAGCCGCAACAAUAGAACAUCGGCAGAAUGAAUAAUGGAAGCAAGUUGCUAGUUGACUUCACCUUUUGUAUCAUGUUCAUCGGAACUGCUGUUUCAACAAGUUGUUGGCUUGAUUUUACCUGCUUAAUCUUUCAUACGAAUUCGUGGGGUGUAUCUGUAUAACCAAUGUAAGGGUUUUUCCUUUAGGUUGCUGGAUGGUAUUAUAUUUGCUUGUUUUGAUCUGCAAUUGAGGAUUUCGAACCAGUGAUUCCAUAGCGCACUAAUUUAUCAUAAAAUUUGAAGUUACUUUAUGAUUUA